AUGCAUCUUGUAUAUAAAUAUCAAAAAGUUGAUUCAAAUACUAGAAUCAAAGUUUUAAUAUCAUUGACAAAUGAUUCUGUUAAUUUAGAUAAUAAUACAGUCUCAACAUCAACUAUGGCAAAUAAAAAACAAAAAUUGGAAAAUAGUAUUAAUAUUGAUA